CAAAAGCAGGUGCACCCCCCUAACCUUAACCUUUACUUCACCUGUCCCAUUACCACCAAAACCCAACUCUCUCAAUUCCGUUACCCUCAUCUUCUCACCUCCAUUUAUUUAUCCUUUCCUCUUCCUCCAUCAACUACUUCACUUUCUGUCACUCCCACACAAACAAACCACUCAACCAUCUUUCUUUCUCCGAUGAAGCGUCCACAUCCGUCAACCUCCGUCCACCGUGACGACACCAGGAUGAAGAAGGCCAAGGCGGUGGUGAUAGAGAAUGGGGAAGAGGAGGAGGUGGAGCCCGUAGAGGGAUUAGGACGUUUCGACGAUAACCUGCUGUUUGAGGUUUUGAAGCAUGUGAACGCGCGUACUCUAGCUAUGGCAGGGUGUGUGAACAAGCAGUGGCACGAGACGGCCCAGGACGAGAGGCUGUGGGAACUGAUCUGUACGAAGCAGUGGGCGAACACUGGCUGCGGAGAGCAACAGCUAAGAUCGGUGGUUCUCGCCCUCGGUGGCUUCCGUCGCCUCCACGCUCUUUAUCUCUUUCCCCUUUCCAAGCCUCAGACAUCUCUCUCAUCUUCAUCUUCAUCAACCUCCUCCUCUCCUUGGGGUCCCACCAUUCCUCAGGUCAUUCGAUCGAAGCCCCUACGUUUGGGGAAGGACGAGGUUCACCUCUCUCUUUCGCUUCUCUCCAUUCGUUACUAUGAGAAGAUGAAUUUCAAUAACCGAACUAGAUGAUUCCUUAUUAUUCUACUAUCCAUUAUCCAUAAUCUGUAAUCCAUUAGAUGUGUUACCUUUUCUAAACCUAAUUUCGGCUUUCGACCCUUCUUUUUUAUUUGGUGCGAUUUUUAGAUUUCGGCUUUUAAUUCAGGCAAUUAGUCUAAGCUGGAUGUGUUUUGUAACCUGUACCUAUGUACUUUGAUUUGAUUAAUAAUAUAAUAUAAUUAAUAUUGGAAUGUCUCUGUA